GGCCGCAGCCCCCCACCACCGCACGCGUCGUUUCCUGUACUCGCGGCGGUACACCAUCGAGGUCAUGGUAGUGAUCGACGGCAAGAUGGCGCGCUACCAUGGGAAGCAUGUCGACCAGUACGUGCUCACGCUCAUGUCGGUGGUGGCCCUGAUCUUCCGCGACGCGAGCAUCGGCAACCGCAUCGACAUCGCCGUGGUGGAGGUCCUGCGUCCGGAGCGGCAGUCGUUCGUGCCGAAGCUGUACAACGAUAACAACGCUGAGUCGAUGGGCAAGUCGGCCGAGGAGAUGCUCAAGAUGUUCUGCAAGUGGCAGAAGCAGGGACUCAAGUACAACACCAACCACCCGAGGCGAUACGACACGGCGCUGCUGCUGACGAGGGAGAACAUCUGCCGCAACCCGUGGACCAAGAGCUGCGACACGCUGGGCCUGGCGGAGCUGGGCACCAUGUGCUCCAAGCACUCGUCCUGCUCCAUCGUGCAGGACAACGGCCUCUCGGCGGCCUUCACCAUCGCGCACGAGCUGGGACACCUGCUCAACAUGCCGCAUGACAACGACGACAAAUGCAAGCUGAUCCGAGGCUCCAAAGAUGACAGUCACCGCAUGAAUGUCAUGAGUCGCAUGCUGGACCACAACACGCUGCCGUGGGUCUGGUCGAACUGCUCCAGACACAUCCUGACGGAGUACCUCAACGGCGGCCACGGGCAGUGCCUGGAGGAGGAGGCGUGGACCAACAAGCUGGUGGAGGAGAAGACGGAGCUGACGCUGGCCGGCGAGCUCUUCAACGCCAGCAAGCAGUGUCAGUACGUCUUCGGGAAGUCGGCCAAGAUCUGCCCCCACAUGCCUCCGUGCAAGCGGCUGUGGUGCACGACGGCGAUGGACGAGAAGGAGGGCUGCCGGACGCAGCACAUGCCGUGGGCCGACGGCACCGUGUGCGAGGCGGGCAAGUGGUGCAUCAGGGGCAAGUGCGUCGACAAGAACAAGGGCGCCAUGAAGAAGGUGGACGGGCAGUGGGGCGACUGGCUGCCGUGGAGCGCCUGUUCGCGCACGUGCGGCGUGGGCGUGCAGCGGUCGGAGCGGCGCUGCGACUAUCCGAAGCCCCAGUACGGCGGCCGCUACUGCACGGGCGAGCGCGUGCGGUACGAGUCCUGCAUCAUGAGGCCGUGCUCUUCCGGCGCCAUCGACUUCCGCACCCAGCAGUGCCAGGCGUAUAACAACAAGAACUUCGGUUUGUCGGACAUUCCCGAAGACGUGAAGUGGAUUCCCAAAUAUGCCAGCAUCCCGCGCGAGGACAGCUGCAAGCUCUUCUGCCAGGUCUACAACAACAGCCGCACGUACUUCCAGCUCCGGGAGAAGGUGGAGGACGGGACGCCGUGCGGGCCGGACACCUACGACAUCUGCGUGAACGGCGAGUGCCGCGUCGCCGGCUGCGACUACGUGCUCAACUCUACGGCCAAAGCGGACAGCUGCGGCGUGUGCAACGGCGAUAACUCCACGUGCAAGGUCACCUCGGGCUCCAUCGACGAGAGUCGUCGCUACGGCUACUCCGACAUCGUGGUCGUGCCCGAGGGCGCCGCCAUGGUCGACGUCACGCAGAGGUCGUUCAACGAGCAGGCGGCGGAUGACAAUUACCUGGCGCUUGUGGACUUGGAAACAGGCGAGUACCUCCUGAACGGCCACUGGGUCGUGACGCCGUUCCAAAAGCUGGUGGAGUUCGGCGGCACCUUGAUAGAGUACACGGGGUCCAACUCCGGCACGGAAAGGAUCAACUCCACUAAACCUUUGCAGAAAAGACUGCUCGUGCAGAUCUUAUCUGUAGGGAAUCUUAGCCCUCCUUACGUCAGGUAUAGCUAUACAAAGUCGAACUUAUUAACUUCGCCGAACUAUUAUUGGAGAUUAGGUGAAUGGAGCAACUGCACGGAACCAUGCAUUGGCGAGCGGCACAAGUCGGCCUACUGCGUCCGAGCCGACACGGGCGAGGGGACCAUCGACGAGAUGUGCCUCGCCCACCCGCGCCCCGCCACCCUCACCGAGUCCUGCGCCCACACCUGCCCCGCCAGCUGGACAUACAAGGAGUGGUCUGCGUGCGGGCUGAGCGGCGACACGUGCCUGCGCCGGCGCGAGGUGGUGGGCUGCGUCUCGAGCCUCGGCAGCAGCGUGGAGGCGGAGCGCUGCGAGGAGGACCAGCAGGCGACGGAGGAAGUGUGCCCCCGCGAGGAGUGCCCCGUCUGGCAGUACCACGAGUGGUCUCCGUGCAAGUGCUUGAGCGGCGAGGCGAGCGGUGAGCGGCGGCGCCUGUACUCCUGUCGGCUGCGCGACCGACCCAUCUCGGAGUGGGAGUGCGCGCAGCUGGAGGCGCCGAAGGACACCGGCAACUGCUCCUGCUGGUACGCCGAGGGAUGGAGCUCGCUGGGCGGGCCGCACGCCGGCUACGACAACUCGGUGGGCGGCGAGCACCACGACAAGCGGCGGCGGCAGCACCCGCGCCACCGCCACCCGCCGCCCGACGACGCCAACGACAUCCCCAACGCCCUGCCCAGCGCCGGCCUCGACGACAAGGACUUCCUGGACAACCGCGUGGACGGCGGCGGCCACCGCUACGACGCGCGGCGCGGCAAGGACCGCGGCCACGGCGGCCAGCAGCCGUGGCACCGGCCGCGCGUCUCGCACAGGGGCCAGCACCACAGCAGCGAGGAGGAGAGCAACAGCGUCGUGCAGGAGUACGACCCCAACAGGCGCUACAAGAACAAGAACAACUGGCAGACCGGCGACUGGGGCAGGUGUUCCCGUGACUGCGGCGGAGGGCAGAAGAGGCGGCAGGUGGUGUGCCUGGGCCCGGAGGAGACGUGCCCGCUGGAGGAGAAGCCCGCCGACGUCGCCUCCUGCAACAGCGAGAUCUGCACCGAGUGGUCGACGGGCGGCUGGGGCCACUGCCACACGCGGCGGCCCCGCUGCGGGCGCGGCACGCAGCAGCGGCUGGUGGUGUGCCGCGCCGUGGACGGCGUGGAGCUGCCGGAGGAGCGGUGCCACCAGGAGGACCGGCCGACGCACGUGCGCCCCUGCAAGACGCCGUGCCACAAGGCCAACGGGCGCGGGCAGCGCUACCGCUGGAAGGCCGGCGAUUGGUCCACGUGCUCGGAGGAGUGUGGCCGCGGUAUCAAACAGCGCGAAAUUACCUGUGUAGACACGGGGGUGAACAUAAAUCACGGAGGUGUCUUGUCAGGGGAAGUGCAGGUUCAUAGCGAUUACUGCUUGCGGGAGGGCCUGUCCAAGCCCAAGGAGAAAAGGGGCUGUAACACGCAGCCCUGCUCCUUCCGCUGGGCCUCGUCCGCGUGGUCUGAGUGCUCCAAGUGGUGCGACGCCGGCCUGCAGCUCAGGGACGUCGCCUGCCACACCGUCAACGCCCUCGGCUGGAUGGACCCGGAGCCCGUGGCGCAGGGCUGCAACGAGCGCAAGCGGGCGCGCAACUCCCGCAAGUGCAACCUGGGCGACUGCGCAGGAGGCUUCUUCUGGAGGGUCAGGCCGUGGAAGCCGUGCCAAGCAUCCUGCGGCCAGAAGGGACGGCAGAGGAGGAGCAUUUACUGCGUCGACGCCAACGAGCAGAAGACGAGGCGGUCGAUGUGCCCCAAGGAGCACAGGCCCAAGCGGAGGCAGAAGUGCACCGCGAGGCCGUGCGGAUUCACCACAUGUGCCGAGGCUAGAGAGGCCCUCCAGGUGACGGUGGACGGCGAGUACUCCCUCCUGGUGGCCGGCAAGAACAUGAGCAUCUUCUGCCUCGGGAUGAACUCCACCAGCCCCACGGAGUACCUCACGCUGCCCGCGGGGGAGGAAGGAAACUUCGCAGAGAUGUACAAUAAGAUCCUGUUCAACCCCGAGACGUGUCCCCACGAGGGCAAGCGCCGCUCCGACUGCGACUGCGAGAGCGACGAGAGCGACCGGUCGGGCUACACGGCCUUCAGCAGGAUUCGCCUCAACACCACGUCCCUCUCCGUGGAUGCGUACGACUUCACCUUCGCGCGAGCCGUGGAGGGGCGCCGCCUCGUGCCCUACGGAGAGGCGGGCGACUGCUACAGCAAGGCCAAGUGCCCCCAGGGAGGCUUCUCCAUCAACCUGGCGGGGACGGCGCUGGCGGUCUCCCCCAGGACCACGUGGCUCAGGAAGGGCAGCCACGCGGCGCACUGGAUCAACAGAUUAGAUGAUAACCAGAGAAUCCUCGGGCGGUGCGGAGGAUACUGCGGCACGUGCACCCCCGACCCGUCCAUCGGCAUCAAGCUGGGUCUGAGGGACGGUUGACCCCCAGACCGCGUAGAGGCUCUGAGAAGGAUCAAAUACUACUUCUAAGGUGUUAUAUGGGUUCGUGCUCGUGUGUGUCGCGUCCUCUGCGGAGAAGAAAAGGGGAAUAAAAUGAGUGAAAAAAAAGUAAAAACGACGAUUCAAGUUGCUCAUUACGAGAGAGAGAGACUUCUUGGGGCGAUGAAACGUCCAGAAGGUUCCUGAUAUUGUGCUCUAAAAGAAGGACGUUUCUAGAGCGCCGAAAAACGCAGGAUCUGUUACCUUCAAGGCAUCUUCCCUUAACUGAAUGCUGCAAACAGAAAGCAAUAUAAACAGUGAGGUGUACUUGUAAACAAAGACAAUGAAAUUUAGAUGUAAGGCAACUUUUAGUGUAGCAGAAGUAAGACAAUAACAACCAAAUAUUUAAACACUGCCAUUAUGUUACAUGUAUGUAUUAAAAAAAGUAAUAAUGAUGAUAAUAAUGAUAAUAAAAGAUCUAUGGAGAAAUCGCAUUGAUCUUAUAGCUCUCUUGUGUAAUAAAAGUGAUUCUGGAACACAGUCGCAGGAAUGCAUUCAAGGCAAAGAAAGAUCCCUUAAAAAACAAGCAAAACAAAAGAAGAAAGCAGGGUGGGGGAAUCAUUACCUUCUGGCACACACCAGCCUUCCUCUGAUCUCAAGAUAAAGGAAAGGGAGAGUGUAACUAACCUCCGCUUUACGGUAGUACGGUUAUGUAAAAUUCGGAAGACUGACAAAGGGAAAUUUUCCGUAAAUAUAAAAGCAUGUCCAGAUUACUAGUAUGAGAUAGUUUAUACUAGACAGUCGAGAUGUUUUAGGUAUGUUGUCACAAAGUUAGACUCAUUGUUUUAUCUUUGUCUUCAGCCAUAUUAAUGCAGCGCACUAAAGCACAAUCACAUACAUUUAGCCAAGUGCGCUUUUGAACAUCAGUAAAGAAAACACAAAGAUUACAGGCUUUUAGGAAAAGAGUAAUUCCUAAGAUGACUUACAGAGCAAAUUAAGGAAUACAUUUUAAUGGAGACUUCUGUUGUAGUUUACGAAUGUUAAUUUGGCUCUCGUGACAAUAUUGGCAUAUUCCGAGUAAACACUGUAAUACAAGUAGACAUUAUUAAUUGUGUCAAAAAGAUUAAUGUAGCUAAAACAUCUUAGCUGGGUAGUUACUGUUAUCUUUCAUUUGAUGUAUAUUUCUUAGAAUUUGCCUAAUAGAUGCUAUUGAUGAAGAGAUCAUACUUAGAGUAAGUUGACUAUAAGUUUUAAGGUUGCAUUUUUCUUUUCUCUAGAGAGAUUUAAUUUUAAGAUUUUGCACUAAUUACUCCAUAGAAAUGUGAACAUGCUUUGAGUGUACUUUGAGUCUGGCAUCUCAGGAACGGCUCAUACGUUUGGGAAUAGAUGCUGUUGCAGAGAGAGAGAAAGAGAAAAAGAUAAAGAGAGAGAUUAGAACAAAGAGUGAAGCUUCAUGGUCUGCUUGCUGUGUAAUUCGACUUGUCUCACUUGAAAGAUUCUGUGAGCUGUCUGCAACAAGGAUUCCUGGAGCAACCCUAACGAUAGCCCUGGUUGGCUGUGUGUCUUCCGCAAAUCGGUGUCUACCUUGAGUGUCCGUUUCAGGCAACGCCACUCCUCCUCUGCCAAUAGUAGUGCAUGAUGUGGCUGGUUCACGAAGCACCACUGAUUGACUGCCACUGACUGCUUUCUCUGCCUGGUUGGACGCCGACCAAACGGGCCCUGUUCUCUGCUGUGUUCCCUUGCUCUUGAUGUGUUUCUCUGAGAUCUGUUACUUCUUGUAUAUGAAUAUAUAUAUUCGAUGUGGUGUUUGCAAAUGCCUUUGGUGUCAUCAGGACUGAGUGUGGUUCUUUUGGGAAAAAAGGCAGCCUUAUUUAUUCAUUCUUGAUGGUAUUUAUAUAAUAUACACGUCAUUUACUUCUUCGUAUCACUACUAAAUAGACCUAGAUUAGUAGUGUGAAACUACACUGCCAUCAUUACAAUCAUCCAUCAUAAUGACCUAGCUCCUGCGAUACUUACACUGCCAGCUUUACCUUCAAAGUGUCUACUUUGUUUCCCCCAAUCACUGUCAUUCUCUGAAUCGGUCGCGGUCCUGUGACCCCAAUUGAUCCAUGAAACCCUAAAGGGAUAUGCCCUAAUUUGUACCAUUUCACACGAAGGUCUUUAUUGGUCCAAUGCACUGCUCCUUUGCCACUGCGUCCAGACAGCUAUGUAGCUCUUGGUGAAAGUAUGGCCCACUUCGAGGUCUCUGAUCUAAGGAGACUUUUACAGCAUAAGAAGUGGACCUAAACAUUAUGUUUCUCCUGAAUGCUAUUGUUGAUGCUCCUCAUUCCCACCGUAUCUAUGCAUUUUUUAAAUAGGAAGGAAGAAUAAUUAUUGUCUUAUCAUCUCUCUGUGUAUCGACUUACGUGAUGCUAAGGUUUUGUUUGGGUAUGUGCCUCUUUUGGCUCAAUCAUUAGUAUAUUUUUUUCCUACUCGUUGAUGGUGCCAUAUGAAUUUUUUUCUUUUCUUAAAUGUUUUAUUUCAUAGGUUAGCUUUAUAUGUCUUGUUUCUGUAUCUUCUUUGUUUAUAUACAUAUAUAAGCUUUCAUGACCACACCAUGGACUAUCUGAACUUUUACUGAUAAGGGAAUUAACUUUUCACCAGGACUGUACAUUGCAAGAUUUUUUUGAUUUUUUCUUAAGUAAGUUAUUGAUUUAGGCAACAACACAUUAGUACAAAAUGUGAAUCAAUAUUUUAAAAAUUAUAAUGCGAGUGUUUUGCAGCGCUCUUCCCUAAUUGCAAUGACUGUUCUUUAAGGUUGUAUACUUGAGUGGUCAUCAAAGGCAGAUCUGAAAUCUUUAAUAUAUAUAUGCAUACAUAUAUAUAUUAUAAACUGUCAUUCAGGUCAAUUUUAGUUGUAUGUGUUUAAUAUCUAAUGGUUGUUCUUUAAUAUUUUUUUUUAAUAUGAUUAUAUUUUUCCAAUAGUUCAUUUGCAAUUCGAAACACCAAUAUGUUAUGUGUUUGUUUCAGUUAAUGGAUAUUUAUAACAGGGCAUAGAAGAGCAGGCUUUGAUUUUAAGAAGAUAGGUAUACCGUGACUGUGUUAUAUUCACGCAUAUGCACCUUGCACUCAUGCAUUCAACACUUGCGUGCGUAACAUGCUGUACACACGAAGUGUUAUUGACAAGUAAAAUGUAUUGAACUCUAACUAAUCAUGUGCUAAAAAGUAAAAAAAUUAUAACCGUAGAGAAUAUAAAUGAUAAAUUAGAUUUAAAAACACCACAGGUUAUAGCACUUGACAUAAAUAUCCCAAAAAGAUAACGAGAACGAGAUUGGCCGUGCAUGACCAUUCCAAUUUCAAUGACAUUUUACUCGAUUGUAGCUUUGUGUUUUUUCUUUCAUUUUUUAGUUGUUACUUUGCUGUAUAUAUUGUAUAUAUGUGUACAUAUGUUAUACUGUUAGUUACAUGUAAUUUCCAGUGUUAAUCUAGUCAGUAUCUUUUUUUCAUGAUUUUUUGUAUUUUUUGAAUUUCGUUUUUUUUUAUUUUUUAAUGGUGAUGGCAUACUCUUUCUCUCUCUCUGUUUUUGUGCAUUUCUUUCAAUUUCUGAUAGCCUGCUUUGAAGAAAAAGUAUAUGAGAUGUUGUUAGGAAUACACACAAUCCCAUAUUUUGUGAAAGGUUGAAAAUAUCAUUGAGAAUCUUUUUCCUGCACACAGCUAAAUGAGUAAUGUAGAAAGGUGAAUGUAUAACUACAUAUGAUAAAAAAAAAAAAAAGUAGCACAAAAAUAGAAAAAAAGCAAUUUAUAUUUCCUAAAAUGAGAAUCGUAAGAUUUCGAAAAUGCUCAUAUUUUGUAAUUUUGUACGUUGGGAAAAGAUAUAUAUAUUUGUAAUAACCAUAUGCCGAAAAAAAAGGAUUAUUAUGCGCUGAUAUUAAUGGAAAUAUGUGGCAUACAUCUUUCCAAUAUGCAAUACAAUAUAUGACCUAUACUUCUUGUUUGUAGAUUUAUUGUAUUUUAUUUUUUGUUUUCCAUCAAAUCUGUAUUUCUUUCGUCUUUGUAAUAAUGCAUGAAUCUCCUUUCGAAAUACUCAAAUAGUUGUCCCAAACAAGAAGUAUGGCGUCGCGAAAAUGCUAGGAUAAAAUUUGCGGUUUUGUGAGUCCAUGUCGCUUAAACUUUUAUUGUUACUAACGGGAUAUGAUGGCUGAUGAUGUUCUCUGCCUUGUCUCCUUUUUAUUUUUUUCUAAUGAUUUGUAACUUAUUCAAUAAAGUGAUUUUCUAAGACUGGUGCCACCA